AAAUUCGCUGCAUGAAAAGGCACCUUGAGAGGCCUCGUUUCCUGGGGAUCUAUUGGGCACUCGAGGGAACGAGCUUUUCUAUUGGCCGCCGCACGCGCGUCCAAGAGUCCAGAUAAAGAAGCCGUCAUAUAGCCAUUUUGACGGCGAUCAACGAUGCGAUUCACGGCGAUGUGCGAGGUAAACAUACGCUACGCGCGGUGAAAAUAGUCGGGCGACUGACAAUCCACGAGUGCUUGGCGUUUACGCGCGGCGACACCCGUUCACGUUCAUUGUCGGUCGGCAAGCGGACCGUGUUCGACAAUGAGACACUUUUGAGGCGAGGCUCAUGGACAUCCCUUGUAAGAGCAAAAAGCGCAUCCUUCAAAUGGAGCGUGUUUUGAAGGCUGUGCCGGCGGAUUUAAGAGUAAAAAUGGAGGCUCUUGUGCACGAUCUGACUUUGGCACUGGAGGAGAGCAGCAACAGCGUGAAUCUCAGGCGCAGAUGGGGCAUCAGGAGGAGGGCCCGUUCCACGGGGAAUAUUCGUAAGUCAGCCCUGAGCAUGAACAGACACUCGGAUGACAGUUCAUCCUCCAUCUGUGACAUUCGUAUCCCGAAAACUGCGAAUGUCUCGAAAUACCAGUCCGACAGCGACGACACUAAUCAGACGAAACGCUUCGCGCACUUCUCGAACCUGAAUAACGUCAGUAACAUCGAGAGCGACUCGGUAAAUGAGAACUUCGUGCCCAGAGCGAACCCGAGGCGCAAGAGAAAAUUCAAAAGAAUGGCUAUCGAUUCCGACUCGAAUGCGUCGACCUCGCAAGCCGUCGCGAUCAUGUCGACCACGUUUGGCGGCAAGAAACGCAUUUUUCGGAACGAUUGUAAGAACAGAUACAGUGCCAUAUGGUGCGGAAAACGUAAGAGGUCGUGUCGAGAGCGGUCGAUAGACUGCGAAAUGAGGGUGCCGAAACCCACGAGGAACGCGAAGCCGAAAAAUCGGGAUAAGAUGCAAGGCGAGGAGACGGUGGAUUGCUCGCGCAUAUCCAGCUCGAGCAUCUCGUCCAGCGACUCGGAAGCGGGUCUCAUCACCAACGACGAGGACAGGGAAGUCUCCGACUCCCGCGCAGGAGACGACGAGCAGUCGGAUUGGAUCGGGGAGUCGAGCUGGCGGGAGGACGGCGAGAGCACCAGCGAGGACAAGGUCGCGUCGGACUCGACCUUCCAGGUGAUCCUGCACGGCGGUUUCGAGCACGCUGUCGCCGAGACCAAGCGGAACUACAGGCAGCGAAUACAGCACAUUCGCGAGGGCCUGAGCGGCAGGGAGAUUCGCGCCGGGCGGCGGCACGUCGACAACAAGCCCGGCUACUCCAUCAUAACGUCGGCCAACGAGAAGGUCUCGCGGUUCCUGCAGGAUCCCACGCAGAGCGAGCUGCGACUGCACCCCAUGCGGCAGCCCGAGCGGGAGAAGCUGCGUCGGCUCGCCAACCUGUACAGCCUCAGCCUCAAGGGCGACCUGGGCUGCCCGAUUCUUUACAAGACCCGGCACACCACGCAGGCCGUCUGCGUGGAUCAAGUAUCGCUCAACAGAUUCUCCGACUACAAGAGGCUGCGAAAGACCCCGCCGAAUUCCCCGAAUCCAGACUCCACCAUGCAGACCGACGAGUCGCAGGUCUCCUCCAGCACGAGCUUCGGCCCGCAGGUGAGCGCGAGCCAGGCGCAGAGUGCGGACGGCGCACAAGCGAGCGCGCAGACGUUCGCGCCGUUCUCCGAGGGGGAGAACGAGAGCAUGGACAUCGAGAUACACCAGGCAAGGCCGAGAUUCUCGGAUUUCGGACACUCCAAAUCCAGUUAAAUAUAUAUAUAUAUAUGUAUAUUAUAAUGCGAUUGUUAUUUCUAAUAACAUAUUUAUGUACACACGUGCGACAGAUGCAUAUGCACUCCUCUAUUUUAUUGUUUUGUAUAUAUUUUUAUCUUGUAAAAAUUUAUAACGUUAAUACUCGUAAACGAUCGGAGUAUGUUAAUUACAUCUUUAAUAAUCAUAUCGUGUAGGAGAAGAAAACUGCGAGAGGUUUAAUAUAAAUAUUUCACAGCAGCCUUGAAUUAAUGGAUAAGUACAUAGUUAUGGGAAUCAUAUCAUUAUGGAUUGAUACUGAAAAUUGUAUUAUAUGAAAAUAUAUUUAAAGAGAUGAGAAAGAGAAGGAGAACCUGGAGAAAAUUAUGAUAUAUUUAGGGAGAAGUAUGAAAUGGUCGGGGAUUGACUUUACUUCCCUAUUCAUAGAACGAUAAAUAAAACAAGUUUACUUA